AAACAUCGAUGUUUUGAAAACAUCGAUGCAUCGUUUGAAUCUCUAGUAUAUAUUAGAAUGUCAACUAAAAUUCAAUUUUUCCUUCAUUGUGUGUCUCAGCGUACAUUGUUAAGAUUUGUUUAUGAACUUUCAAGUGUUUCACGAUCCUAAAAAAAAUUAAAAGUGUUUCUCUGCCGGUAUUUUCGCUGCUUAAAUCGGAGGUGGCUAAGCUCAACAGACUUACGAAUGUUUUUUUCGUAAGCAGCCCUAAAUGGAGCUGGGAAACAUCUCGUAAGGAAAUACAGACACGAAAUUGAAGAUACAGUGGAAAUAUUGGCAUAUACAAAUUACCUACCAUACAAAAUUUCCGACACAACAGAAAGCUGGGACAGCGCCUGCUUGUUACCUCUGCCAUCCCGGUUGCAAAGCAGUACUUAACUUAAAGGAUAUCAACGCUCAUUGUAUAUCAAAAGUAAUAGCGACGUCUGUCCCGACAAAGAACAUGAAAAUGGUUUUGUCGCAGAGGCAGCGCGAGGAACUGAACCAAGCGAUUGCCGAUUACUUAGGUAGCAAUGGCUACACUGAGUCCUUGGACGCAUUCCGUAAAGAAGCUGACGUGUCUACAGAAAGCGAGAAAAAAUUCAGUGGACUUUUGGAAAAAAAAUGGACUUCGGUUAUUCGCUUGCAAAAAAAAGUAAUGGACCUAGAGGCCAAGUUAUCAGAAGCUGAAAAAGAGGCUAUAGAAGGAGCUCCUACAAAAGCAAAACGUAGCCCUGGAGAAUGGAUUCCACGUCCACCAGAAAAGUUUUCAUUGACUGGCCAUCGUGCAAGCAUAAC